CUCAGCGUUUGUUUUGGUUUUAUUUCACCUCCGUUCUUCUUCUCUAUCGUGCACCGAAAUAAAAAGAAUAUAUGAAAUAUUGUAGUGAAUCUAUUUUAAGUGCAUGUUCAUACUAAAGAAAAUGAAACCGAGCUGUUGUCCGUGAAUGUAUUAAAUUGCGAGUUUAAAAAUUUUUAAGGAAUAUUCACGCGAAUCGAAAGAGACAGCAGCGGUGACAACGAGAUAACAACACAACAUAAAACAUACGGCAAAUAUGGAUUUUAUGAUAUUUGCAACAGUCAUAUUGGCCAUUUAUUUUGUGCUGUGGUUUUUCGAUUCAUUUUUCAAGAGUUGUAUGCAUUAUCCAUAUGAGGCAUUUUUGAAUGGCACGGGUUUAACUAUAAAACCAUUUCGCAUUCAAUGGUAUACAACUGCAUUGAAUCGAAUCACCAUUAAAUGGGCGCACGCCUAUCCAAAAUUGUUUACACUUUCAUUUGACAUCGGUGUAUUUUCAUCAAUUUGCCUGUUACCAAUAAUGUUACUGUGGCAAAUGAAACCGUACAUUGUGGAUGCAUUCACAAGUACGGUAAAAACGAUGUCGUCAUCUGGUGUGAUUGCAGCAGUCCCGGCAUCCGCUGAAAGUACAAAUGCAAAAGGUGGCGUUCACUUUGAACUGAUGUUACCCGGUGUAAAUUUACCAUUUGAUGAAAUUAGUUACUAUGUUAUAGCAAUGGGAGUAUGCAGUGUGGUACAUGAAAUGGGUCAUGCAUUUGCUGCUGUAUUGGAAGAUGUGCCUCUUACCGGUUUUGGAUUUAAUGUGCUACUUGUGUUGCCAGUUGCCUACACGCACAUCAAUUCAGAUCAACUGAAUAGUUUACGAACGUGGCGUCGUUUGAGAAUACUUUGUGCUGGCAUUUGGCAUAAUAUUUUAUUGGCUGUUUUUUGUUUUGCUCUAAUGUCAUUGCUGCCAAUUUUAUUUACACCAUUUUAUAGUAUCGAUCAAUCGGUUAUUGUGAAAAGUAUGAAAAGUGAUUCGCCGCUGGCCGGUGGCGAAAAAGGGCUUGCCGUCAACGAUGUCAUUACAUCGAUAAAUGGUUGUGACAUUAAAAAUAUCGAAACAUGGUAUGGAUGCUUGGUGAAUACAAUUAAAGAACCACCAUCAUACUGUAUACCAUCCGAAUAUGUAUUGGAUCAUGAUGAAUCGGUGCCGGUGUCACAUACCAACGAUGGUGUUAUCGAAUGUUGUGAUCGAACGAAUGAGAAAAAUUUAUGCUUUGAAUACAUGAACGAAGAAGGUUCAUAUAGUUUAAUUGAAUUACCACAAUUUAUGUGCUUAAAUAUACGCAAUACAAUCGAUCAUUCGAUGGGCUAUUGUCAUCGAACGCGUGGCAAAUGCAAAGAUAGCUAUUGCAUAAAACCGAUGAUGAAUAAUUCAACGACGCUUAUGCAAAUCAAACGAAAUGAUAAACGGGAUGUCAUGUAUAUUGGACAUCCGUCGGAUUUGGCCUAUACAAUUCGGGUAUCGGCAUAUGUGCCAUACACCAUUUUGCUCAAUUCAAAUGUUGCCGAUGGAAUUUCAUUGAUACUCAAGUACCUUGUGGUGUUUUCACUUGGAUUGGCAACGCUCAAUGUAAUACCAUGCUUUUAUUUUGAUGGUUACUACAUUACCAGUGUUACGGUAAAUCAUUUAUUUCAACAUUUUAUACCCGAACGCAAUCGACGCGAAUGCAUUACUAUUGCUAUAACAUCAAUUGGAACGCUUAUACUGUUUGUAACUUUAUCAAAAAGUGUUUGGCAUUCAAUACUUCAAUAUGCAUUUUAAGAAGAAGAAGACGAAAAAAAUUAUCGGCCAUCUACCGAAAUAAUUUAUUCAAAAGCUUUAUUUUGUACACAAAGCUGCAAAAGAGACAUAAAAAUACGUAUAAUAUGUAGCCAAUAAAUAUUAUUUGCAAAAGACGUAAAAGAACGAUCAAAUUGAGUCUACUGUCGUGCGACAAUAGACAUUUUGAUUUGCUCACUUCGCUAGUUUUUUUUAUGAAACAAAGAAAAAAUGAUUUUGUUUUUAAAUUAGAAUUUAUUCAUGCCAAAAAUUAAAAGAAA